AUGUCCGAGUCAACGCCUCGCAAGCGCUCACGUUUAGCCUGCACUUCAUGUCAGUCGCGAAAGCGCAAAUGUUCAGGUGGGCAGCCUUGUAGCACCUGCGCCCAAACUGGUGCGGAGUGCCAAUACAGUGCGCGCAAGAAACGCGCCAGAUCCCAUAGUCUGUACCGAGCGAGCCUAUCACUCAGUGAACGACCUACAGAUGGCUGGUCCGAUGCAGUCCCAAAUACUAUCAGCGCUGCAGCUAGCGCUACGGCCAAUUCUGGUGCCGCGUUUGUUCGUAAACUUGGGCUCAAAAUUGACCCGGCGCACGCACCAAGGUUGCAAUUAUUUGCCUGGAACGUCGGUGAGAGACGGAUGUCGCCAACACUAUCGUCAGCGCUUCCCUCAAUGCCUGUCACGGCGCCGACGCCGACGACUAUCACCAAAAUCAUCCCACAGGAAGAGAUGCGGCGGGUAGCAGCGAUUUACUUUGAGAAGGUCGAUCCAUGCUAUACAUUUUUGGACCGUAAGGUGGUCUUUACUCGAAUCGUAAAGCGCUGGGAGUCUUCGUCAUCUCCUAUUGAUUCGGCGGAACAGCCCUAUGAUGCAGUACUAUGCGGCGUGGCUGCCUUUGGGUAUCUAUUUUCUCGGCGCGAGAUCAUCGCAACGGAAGUUCAACUCAUUGAGACUGCGCGCAUUCUACUGGAUAAGAGCAUCCUCACAGCGGAAACACCAUCGGUUGACAUAGUGACAGGCUGGGUGUUGCGUGCUGCGUAUCUACGCAUGACAGCCUCACCACAUGCUGCAUGGAUGGCCAGCUGUACACUGAUGCAUCUCAUCGAAGCGGCAGGAUUGCACCUUGAAACCUCAGAUCCAGAAGCAGCAGGCCUGCUUCAACCAUCACCGCCCGAGACACGCGGUAGCCAAGAUGACGAUAUAGGACAGGGCACCAGCAACCCCGAAACCCGGCAAAGGCUUUUUGGCAUGGCUCGCCACCUCAACACAUGGAUUUCCUUCGACCUCGGACGCUCCCGUGUUGUCCUUCACGGCGCCACAGCUCUCUCUCCUACAAGCACAUCCCCAUCCCGCAAUCCACCACAGCAAGCACCACCUCGAGCCCCACGUGCAGACCUCUUCCACCUCCUCCCACUCUCCGAAAACCUCGACCCAACAGGGCCGUCACCACAAGAUCUCCCAGAACUCGAAACAGCCCUCACCUCUGUCCUGGACCUCCUCUACUCCGAACCGUCGCUAAUCCUAGUCCAAUGCAACCUAAUGCUAUGCAUUUAUCGCCGUCUCCGCGCUCUAAAUCCACACGGCCCAUUAUCCUCUAACCUCCUUGACCGCGUCCUUGCACUGGCAGGCCGCGGGCUCCGUGCCGCACGAGGAAUGGUUGCCUCCACCUGCCCCUGGCACCAAGUUGCCAACGUCCCCUUUCAGGUCGUCUGCUCACUUCUAGCGAUUGACAAUCGGGCUGCGUUGGCGCUGCUCGCUGAUGCGAUGCGGACUCUGCGUGAAGUUCUCGCUGCCUAUGAUACAAUUUCUAUGCGUGAGGCGUAUUCUACGGCAUAUCUACUUAUUGCGCUGCACCAGCGGCGAAAGGAGGAUGAUACCCGUGCUCUUGCCGAGGUGUUGCGGGUCAAUGCUGCUGCUGCUGCCCCAAUGGACGACCAGAAAGAUAGGCACAUUGCACGGACAGCGUUAGCCGAGCAGAGCCAAAGGCAGGAGCAGGCUGCGCCAGAUGCACUGGUAUCAGAUGCAGAGUUCUCGUGGCUAGGUGAUUUGAUGAUUGAUAUGCCUAGUCUGCAGAACUUUGAUCUAGAGCAAUUUUUAAUGACGGAUGUCCCAUGGCCGUUACCUGAGAUGGGAAUUUGA